GUGCGAUUAGAAGACGUCGCCGUCGUCGUCGUCGAAGCUUCAACGAACGCAGUGUUGUGUUUACUCGCCGGCAAAAUAACGAAAAAUAACUGUCGGAAAGAGGUGUUUUGCAAGCUGCAGCAACUGGCACGCGGUUUUGUUUGUUGAUAGAGAGUUAGUUUAUUUUGUUUAAUUUACUAAUUACUUUAGUCUAUGUUUAGUAAACAAAGUGUAGUUCAGUAGGAAGUGAGUACUUAUGUUAAAAAGGUUGGCGGCGCGACGAAAAGGAUCCGAAAUAGUGUCGCAGUGUUUGAGUCGGUAUAUGUUUGCUCCAUGUUUAACCACGGAUACGCAGUUCAUCAAAUCAGUGAAACAGUUUGAUCAAAGUGACCAGCGGGCUUAAUUUUUCCACGACAACUGACAGUUAUAGGAAAUCUGCAAUAUAUCCUUGCUAGUCUCCCUGUCCGGAAAGUGUGUACGUGAGAAGUGCAUUUAUAGCGGUUUUUCGAUCUGCAACUUUAUUAAAAGAAAUAGUGGCGUAUUUUCGAAGAUGCCGCCCUCCCAGUGAUGAAACAGCCUUAGGGAAAAAGAAAUCAAAUCGGAAUUAAAAAAUAAGUGAGCAAGAGUCGUUACUAUUUAUCGGGGGCGUGCAUGUGCGAGAGUGUAUUUGUGUACGUCUCAUACGGUGUGUGAAUAACGGAAACAAACGGUAGCGUGCUUGGACAUUGGUGCUAAUUCAAGUGGGAAAAAGGAAUAAUUGCUAUUGAUCGUGAUACCGUCUAUCGACCUUUGCUGCAAUCUGGCCACUGAUUUGGAACGCUAAUGGCUCCUACAAAACAAUCUGGGACUACUACGUUACUACCAAUGCUCAAGAAAUCUAUAACGACGAGAUCCAAAACGACAGCUCCAAAUCAAAACCAAAAUCCCGACUCGGAUCUCCAGCCGGCCCAGCGCACCAAGCGGAAAGCUGAGCACAGUCCGUUGAAAAAUGACCGGGGCGUGAAACGAUCGGCUCUAGGCAAUUUGACCAAUGCGGUUGUGCUUAAGGCGACGGACAAUGAUGUCGAGACGGGCAUCGGUGCGCUCAAAGCCGGCCACGGUAACACCAAAGGAGGAGUCAAAGAAACGACCAGCAUUAGCAAACACGCUUCGCAGAUAAUUCAACAAAUAGCUAAUAAUAUUGGACAUAAUCACAAAAACAAAACUGUUGUCAGCAAAAAUGUUACAGAAGUUUUCACCAAACCUGAUCCGGAUGGACCAAAGACUCGAGCGGCGACUAAAAUCCUGACCCGCGCCGCCAGCCGUCAGCAACUGACAGGGAAUAGUUCAAACGUCACUACUAGCAAUGGGCGGGGAAAGAAUCCUCUUUCGAUCGGACACCCGCUGAAGGCUGGAAUUUCGGCUGUGACCAAAACCAUAGUGAAAACGAAGGAGACUACCUUUGACGGUGGUAAUAAAUUGCAAACGACCGCCUUAGCACCAGCUGCAGCCACUGCCCAGCAUGGGAAAGCGCCAAAACGGCGGAUAUCUAACGAAUUUGAAAAGACUGAAGAUAGCUUGUAUGUGUCGGCUCUGGAAGACAUCACGUCCAGUGGAUCGUUGCGGUUAUCGGAGAACUUCGGGACUUCUAGGUUAAGAACUCCGGAAGAGGAAGACAAGCGAAACACGAGAGAAGGCUCGGUUUCGCCUAAAAAACGAACCCCCGAGGGAAUCGAAGAUUACGAUUUAUCGAACUGGAACGACGUGUUUCAGGUGUCGCACUAUGCGCAGGACAUAUUCGACUACCAGAAAGAUCGGGAAGCGCAGUUCGUCAUUCCGGACUACAUGCCCACGCAACCGCACAUCAGCAAAUGGAUGCGGGCGCUGCUGGUCGACUGGAUGGUUGAGAUUCAGGAAUCGUUCGAGCUGAAUCACGAAACGCUGUAUCUGGCGGUGAAAAUUGUUGAUAUUUAUCUAUCUCGAGCGGAGGUUCAGAAGGAUUCGCUACAACUGCUGGGUGCUGCCGCGCUGUUUAUCGCUUCGAAGUAUGAUGAACGAGUCCCGCCAACGGUGGACGAUUUCCAGUACAUCUGUGAUGGCGCCUACCAACGGCGAGAGAUGAUCCUCAUGGAGAUCAAUGUGUUCAAAACCAUCGGGUACGAUCUCGGCAUUCCGUUGUCGUAUCGAUUCUUGAGGCGCUACGCUCGCGUCAAUCGGAUUGAUAUGCAGGUGCUGACGCUGGCCCGGUACAUUUUGGAGUUUACAUUGAUGGACUAUGCCAUCGUUGGCCUGCGGGACUCGAAGCUGGCCUGUGCGGCAUUGUUUAUCGCUAUGCGGAUGAACGAUAUGCCAGGCUGGAACAGAGCACUGGAGUUUUAUUCAGGUUACAAAGUCGAGGAUUUCGCCGAAAUCGCUAUCCUGCUGAACAAUAUCAUGACGCGGAAACCGAAGGAAUCGCUGAACACCGUCCGCCACAAGUACUCCCACGAGCUGUUCUUUGAGUCGGCAAAAAAGCAAUUCAUCACCGAUCUGACCAAACUAUUCGACACUACCGGCUACCAGCUUACGAAUGGCAAAACAUCCACGGCGACCGCAACGCGAUCUCACCAUGCUUCUUCGACGGCGACAACAACCAGUGUGUAAAGCCGUGUGUGUGUCCAGUAGUACUGCUCUUUUGCGUUCGGCUGGUCACACCGCACCAACAAACGCAAACAGUGCUUGAAAGGUACGCUUAGGAUGCGCUAUGAGGGGUAUAUAUUUCACGAGAAUUUUACUGUUUGAAAGUGGGGCCAGUCUGGCAGCGUUUUCUAUACAGUCCAGUGUCCAAGCACUAUCAAGUUGUACGCAAAACAAAUUAGGGGAAACCUCCGAUGUAGCUAAUCGAAAAAAUGAGAAACAAUUCACAAAUUUAUAUUUUGAGUGCGAUCUUUACAACUGUAAAAUAUGUUUAUUAGUACGAAAAAGAGAAAUUCGUUUUAAAAUUUAAAAAUUUUGUUUUCUUUGGUUAUAUUUUUCUUUUGUUUAUUAAUUCUUCUGUUGGAUUUUACUCCAAAAAUCUUUAUAAUUUCGAAGAUACCAUAUCAAGAUGAAUUACUCUUAAUUAGUCAUUGUUUAGGCUGGACCAAGCAAUUUCUCGGCCGCAGACAAAUUACCGGAAGGAUUGUUAACAUCUAUAGAGCCGAACAUGUUUUAGAUUUAGCCCUUUCUUGUAUUACAGAGCCAUCAAAUUGCUCUUCGAUGAUAUUGACAUCCAGUGAUCUGAGAUAGUUAAACCGAAACAUGAAACUCCAUCACUAAACGGCACGAAAAUUGUAUUAAAUUUCUUGCAACAGCGAGAACCUACUAGAGAUAUGGUAUCAGUGACUUUGUUUUGUACUCUAAAACGUUUUCUCUCUGUUUUCGUUGGAAUCGGAACACGAUCGUGGCGUACUUCAGGGAUUAUUAAAAAAAACAGCAAAAUCAAUCAAUCAAAUUAGGAACAAAUCGCUAAAACCUAUGGAUCUCGAAAUUGAAUUUAUUUCAUCAAAAAAAAAAAGGAAAAAUCUAAAAUGAGGGCAUAUUUUUCGAUUAGUCAAUUUUCUUCGAACCGGAAACUAAUAACUUUUGUGCUAUUCUAUGUAAGCCGCGCGGGAACCGAUCGAUCGGAUAAGCAUUUACACAGUAGGGACAUGUUAUAUUUAUUUGUAUAAGAAAACCCCACCUUUUUCUAUCGUUUUAUCAAUUUGCCUAGUGUCUGCCGUUUGUGUAUAUUAUGUGUGUGUCCGCUUUCACCUUUUUUCGCUCGAGUUAGGGAAUUCCGAAAUUGUUAACUCCAAGUGGCCAACAUACCGUACGUACAACAAGAUCGGCUCUGAUGAGAUAAUGAAAAAAAUCCCAUCACAGCUGGGAACGAAGUGAAGGUGGACUUGUUUUUUCGUAUGAUCAAGACAACGAAAUGUUACGACGGGGUAGGGAAAGGCAUCUUCUAAGUUGCAUUAUAUGUUAGUACAUAACAUCCAGCGCCAUUUGUCAUACAAGAAACCACCAGCCAAAUAAAAGCACUUGAUUUCACUUUUA